AUGGGGACCUCAAUUGAGGUCCCUACGGUAUUGUAUGAUGUGCGUGGCAUUCUAGAGAAGAACAGAGACACAUUCAGAGAUGAUAUUCUCAACAUGCUGAAUGACAGCAGGCUUGACUUCAUCUAUGACCUGUUUGAGCGUGUUGGUAGCAGGAAUGGAGAUGAGACGCUGAAGAUGGGCACUGCCCGCCGCAAACCCACCGUCAGCUCUCAGUUCAGGGACUCUCUUCAUGCACUGAUGGCCACUUUAAGUGCCUCCAACCCUUUCUUUGUGCGCUGCAUCAAACCUAACAUGGAGAAGAAUGCAAAUAAAUUUGAUGCAGAUGUGGUUCUAAAUCAACUGCGUUACUCUGGAAUGCUAGAGACAGUGAAGAUCCGUAGAGCAGGCUUUUCUGUACGGAGAACCUUCCAAGACUUCCUCAGCAGAUACACAAUGAUCCUGCGGGACAAAAACCACAUGGCAGACGAGAGGAAGAAAUGUGCAGAUCUGCUUACGAAGUAUGACGUCACAAAGAAAGAGUGGCAGCUGGGAAAGACUAAG